AUUUUGAAAGUAAUUCUGACGCAUGCUCAAACGACCCCAGCGGAUUAGUUCGUUCCUUGCAGUCAAUUUAGCGUUAUGUACCAAAUUAGCCAACACCGGCGUACAGUUGCCCCAAACAGACCUAUGCUUUCUGUCCUUGGAUAUUUUAAAACCUGAACAUUUAUUUACAUUUUACACAGCACUCUCCCAGACUUUUGAUGGAGUCAGCGUCUGGAUUUUUAGUGUUUUUUACGGAAAAACGGAAGUAUCUGAGGUCACAGCAUUUAGACCAGUGUGCACAUCACAAUGGUGAAGUAUUUUUGUAGCAACAUAGACAUCAAAAGCACUUGGGAUCACGUGGUCUCUGCUUUCUGGCAGAGGUAUCCUAACCCAUUCAGCACCCAUGUUCUCACGGAGGACGUGGUGUACCGAGAGCUGACGGCAGACCACCGACUCCUCUCCAGACGCCUCCUGAUGAAGACCAACCGGCUGCCGCGCUGGGCCGAGCAGUUCUUCCCCGGCGGGAUGUCUCGCUCCGUAUACAUCGUCGAGGACUCCAUUGUAGAUCCAGUAAAGAGGAGUUUAACCACAUACACCUGGAACCUCAACCACACCACUCUCAUGUCUGUAGAGGAGCGAUGUGUUUUCCAGGAGUCAGAGGAGCAUCCGGCCAGCACGCAGCUGAAACGAGAGGCGUGGAUAUCCUCCAGCAUUUAUGGCUUUUCCAAACCGAUUCAGGAGUUCGGAUUGGCCCGUUUCAAGAGCAACCAGGUGAAAGCCCUGAAAGGACUGGAGUAUGCACUGACCAACCUGCAAGGAGAGGCACCCCAGCGGCUGCUCAGGGACACAGUGAAGGACGCCUCAGAGAAGGCCAAAGAGGCAGCCAAGACGUUGGCCUCAGCCGCCGCCACCCCACAGAAACCCCAGCAGUACGUCUGAGCGUCGCCGCACAGGUCACGUCUGAUCACGCUGUGACGCUCUGUGGUUUUAACCAGCAUCUGUUGAAUUACCUCUGUCAUCUUUUAUUUUUUGUGCCGCUUUUAAGCUUUAAAAAUACAAAUCUUCAGCCUUUGUUCAAACCUAUCUGCCUUUCACACCAGCUGUACAUUCACUUUAAGCUAUAAAAGCAACAUUCACUGUUUGUUUAAGGUGUCCACGUGCUAAAUUAAGUCCUAAAACUGCAGGUUGAAGCUGCUCCUCUCCUGCAGUGAUGGGUGUUAUGCUGACUAAAAGCUCAGACUCAACUGAAUCUUUAAAUAUUAUUUUGAUUUAGUCAAAUCCAAACCAACAAACAUUUGUUUCAUUAAAUUAGGACUCUUAAAGAGCACAUUUAGUUUGAAUUAAGCCUGCAAAACACACCGCGUCACUGUGGUGCACAAACGGUUAAAAGCAUCAAUGCCCGCAAUGCAAACUAACUGACAAUCACAACUCUAGUGGCAAUCAGCUCAAAACUGUCACUGAUGUGCAAUAGUGUAAACAUGUCGAUGCUUGCAUUCCCUGCUGGAUAGAACUGACUCAACUGUUUUCUUUCAUUUUUGUGUGUUUGUAAGACUUGAAUUAACCAGGAAAAAUAUCUUAAUUUAUUUGAAUGUACUUUUGAUAAUCUAACACUUAGAAUGAUCAUGCAAAUGAAUUGUUUCAAGUUAUUUAAAUUCAAAAAGCUUUUCUUGAUGUUGUUUUAUGUUUGAAGAUGUGUUUAUUAAAACAUAUGUGCUUGAUGUAUAUUUAACUCUUUUCUUAAUAUCUUCAUGUCGUCACGGCAACAGAAGGUCAAAUUUCCAGACUUGCAGCUGCACAGACCAAACAGGAAGUGAACUUUAAUCUCCACUAUUUCACAAUAAAAGCCCCCAAAAGCCAUAUUUAUAUAUAACAAAUUUAUUUAUAUUACAAUGAGAGAAUACACAAUACCUUCAAGUGUUUGCUUACUUGUAGCUAGCACCAGGUAGUUGCGUACAUGCACUCAAGCACACAUAACAAAACUUUAACAAAAAAACAAACUUCAGGAACUUUUAUUUUUUCGUUGUUGUUGAAAAUAACAUAUUCACAGGUCUCUGGCACAGAACUCUCCCUACUCUGCACAGCAUUUCUUCCUCUCAGCAACAUCUAAGUCAGGUCACCCUUUGGUGAUUCUUCUCAGCUGACUGGAGAGCGUCAGCCGACACAUAAAAGCGAACAGGACGUGAAGGCCCAAGUGCAGAAAAAAUAGGAAGCGGAUCUAAAGGUAGUUAAAGCUAUUCAGGAAUAUGAGCUCAUAAAGCAUGGAAGGAAAGGAAACAAAAACAUCAAAAGUGACUAUCUGUUUGGCAGGAAUAAUAUUAGCUGGAAGCCGUCGUGUGGGUUAAAUGAGCACCGUGAAUCAGUAGGCUCUGUAGGUUUAGUUUUUUCUGAUUUCAAAGCGCAGGUUUGAGCGCCACCCUGUGGUGACAAAAAAAGCUUCUCCAAGUAUCUCAGGCUGCUGACAUCCCCCCACACGAGAGCAAAAUCUCUGUGCAACAUGGAAACAAACAUCAGAUCUUUCACUUCUGAGUGUUAAGAGUAACUGAUUUAACAGUCCAUAGAAAUGGUACAAUCUUGUGGUUUUAUGUCCUCUAUGAAAAUAACUUUGAUUUUUUUUCAAGGCACAUCAUUAAAGAAUUUCCAUACACACGUCCCUGCUUACAUUCAAGCCAAAUGUUAACACAUCGAACUCAUCCCGAGUGCGUGCUGCGCUUGUGUGCUAUGUACAUUUUUCAAUGACGGCACUGAAAAACAGGUAAUCUCAUAUCCGGCUUCGUUCAUUUCACGGAAGGUUCUGUGCAAGAGAAUCCUCUCAUCACGUUCAUACGCUGGACUUUUUUUUUUGCUACAAACAGUCAUGUACAAAUGUGUGUUGUUUUUCUAAACACGAAUGUAAACCUUAAUUUAAAAUUUAAAAAAAGUUUGGGUUUUUUUUUUUCGGCCUCCUGCAGUGUUUUGGAGAGAGUGCAGAUAGGAGGUCAAAUCAUCCAAAUCAAGUGUUGGUCACCAAAAUAAAA